UCCCAUGGCCUCCAGUCCCCUCACUGGCCCUACUCUGACCCACACUGGCACUGGGGAUAAAAGACCUGCAGCCUCGUCUCGUCUGCCCUGUCUGCACGCCUCAGCCUCGUUGCUAGCAUGGCUGCUCUGUGGCUGCUCUCCUGCCUGGCGCUCCUCGGCACGGCUCAUGGCUGUGGUGUGCAGGAAAUCCAGCCCAUCAUCAGCGGCUACGCCCGCAUUGUGAAUGGUGAGGAGGCGGUUCCCAGAUCCUGGCCCUGGCAGGUCUCCCUGCAGCAGUCGCAGACGAACAGCUGGCACUUCUGUGGCGGCUCCCUGGUCAGCGAGCGUUGGGUGGUGACAGCUGCGCACUGCGGAGUGACAAAAUCCAACGUGGUGGUGCUCGGGGAACACGACCGCAGCUCCUCCCAAGAGAAAGUGCAGAAACUGGCCAUCCAACAGGUUUUCACCCACCCGCAGUAUAACUCCAACACCAUCAAUAAUGACAUUGCGCUCAUCAAGCUGGCCACGGCCGCGGAGCUGGGCAGCACUGUGGCCCCGGUGUGUCUGGCAGCCGCCGGGGAGCAGUACCGGAGUGGCCAGCUCUGCGUCACCACCGGCUGGGGCAAGACCCGCUACAACGCCUUAAGCACCCCAAGCAAGCUGCAGCAGACGGCGCUGCCCCUGCUGACUAAUGAGGAGUGUAAAAACUACUGGGACGGCAACAUCCUGGACUCAAUGAUCUGCGCUGGAGCAGCCGGCUCCUCCUCCUGCAUGGGUGACUCCGGCGGCCCCCUUGUCUGCCAGGAGAACAGAGUCUGGUAUCUGGUGGGCAUCGUGUCCUGGGGUAGCAGCCGCUGCGCCACUACCUCGCCAGGCGUCUACGCCCGCGUGAGCCUGCUCCGCCCAUGGAUCGACAGCAUCAUGGCCAACAACUGAGCCUGUCGGGGGGGCUCCUAAUGGCUAGGCCCCAGCUCCGCGGCUGCAGCUCUGCAUCCUUCUCUCGCCGCAGGUGACCUAGUUCUACCUGGCUCAGACGCAGCCCCGCGGCCUUCCAAUAAAACCCUUCUGCAGCAUUGGGCCUCUGAGUUCCUGCCAUCUUCGGGGCACUAGCACGCUGUGUCCACGGGACCGGGCACAGCCUGGGCACCACAUGCCAGCUGCAGCUGACCCAGCAGGGGGUGCUCACACCCACCACACCUAGGCAGGGCCCACACCUGGUGAAGCCGCCUUUAAG